AGUUCCAAACGAUCUAGCUAGCUAGUGUCAAAAAAACUUCUCCAGCCCUAGCCCGGAUGAGCCGCCUGCGUUCCUCGCCGGCGCCGGCGCCCCCGCUGGACAACGAGGACCUCCUCGAGGAGAUCCUCCUCCGUCUCCCUCCGCGACCUUCCACCCUCCAUCGAGCCUCCCUGGUAUGCAAGCGCUGGCACAACAUCCUAUCUGACCCCCUGUUCCUCAGCCGCUUCCGCAAACACCACCGGAAACCGCCUUUGCUCGGCUUCUUCUCAGGGCGUAAUUACACAACACCAACAAUCUUCAAACCGGUUCUUCACUCGCCCGACCGCAUCCCUGCCAGCCGCUUCUCCGUGCCGCAAAGCAAUCACCCAUGUGUGCAGUGGCGUUUCAUGGGUUGCCGCCAUGGCCUCGCCAUCCUGAUCAAUCACUAUGAGCAGGAGGUCGUCGUGUGGGAUCCCAUCAUCAACCAACAGCACCAUGUGCCUCUUCCGCUGGGGCUUCGCAACAACGAAGGUGAAGGCGGGAACAAGUGGUACUGGCACGCUGCGGUGCUAUGCACUGGCGCUAAGGAGAUGCCUGUGCGGGGUGAUUGCUUCUCGAGCCCAUUUAAAUUGGUCUUACUUGGCGAAAGAUACAUGAAUGCAUCGGCUUGCCUCUACGACUCGGCGAGUGGUGUAUGGGGAGAUAUUGUCUCAAUGCCGAUUACAAAUACCAUCUGUCAUAUAAAGCCCAACGUCCUUGUUGGGAAUGCACUUUACUGUAUGUUUACUAAUGGUGAUGUCCUUGCGUUUGAUUUUCAAAGGCAGUGCUUUGUCGUAAUCAAGAAACCGAAAACUCCUCGUAGUCUCAACUACUACAGUGGAUAUGUUCAGGUCUUACGUACAGCGGAUAAAGGACUUGGACUUGCAUAUUUUUCACAACACACCAUCCAGUUAUGGGAAAGAAGAUACGACUGUGAGGAUGUUGCCGGAUGGGUGUUGCUGCCAAAAACCAUUCCGAUAGCGGGGAUGCUUCCAUGGGAAACGCAUGGCGGUGACAGGUCGGUUCAUUUCAUGGGCUAUGAUGAGAACAGAAAUGUGAUUGUUCUGGCUACGCGGAUUGGUACCUUCAUGAUUCAACUUGACAUGAUGCAGAUCAGGCUUAUUAUUGGAAGAAACGAAAUGUCUUAUGACAAAUUUCAUCCCUACACAAAUUUCUAUGCUGAAGCCCAGCUAAUCCUGUAAAUUUGUAAUGAUUCGACACCUGCCUAUCAUGAUGCCUAUUUAAGAUUGUUCCUUGUUGAAGCUACAAGUCUUCUGCAGCGGAAAGUGUGAUUAAUGAGACCUCAGGGGUGGUGAUCCACAUCCAAUUAUUUAAUUCAUUUAA